AUGAAGUCAAGCAAUUCUUCACAAAAGACUCUAAGUCCAGCAGAUAUGCUAAAGAUGGAGGCUGAAAUACUUAAAAAAGCAAGUGAUUCUGAAUUUGAAUUUAGACAUUUAAGAAGAGAUGAUUUUGAGAAAGGAUUUCUAGAUACGCUAUCUCAAUUGACUGUAGUAGGUCAAGUAACAAAAGAGGAUUUCGAAAAAAGAUUUGAUGAGAUGUUCCCCAAAAGAUAAGAAAUAUAUAAGAUCAUAGUUUUACUUGAUAAAAGAGCUGAUUAUAUAAUUGGAGCAGGAACAGUCUUCUUUGAGAAAAAGUUUAUCAGAAAUACAAGCACUUGUGGGCAUAUUGAAGACGUUAAUGUAGAUUCAACCUAUAGAGGUAAUAAUCUUGGAGUCAGAAUGAUUAACAUUUUGAAAGAGAUCUCCUGUCUUAACAACUGCUAUAAAAUUAUUGUAGAUUGUGCAGACCAUAACAUCAAAUUUUAUGAACUAGUAACUAUUUUUCAAUCUUUUAACAUUAAUAGUGUGGCUUCAAACUAAAGGAAAGAUGUAUGUGCUGGUAUCGUAACGAGAGUAGAUGAUGAUUAGAUAACUUGA